UGGGCUGGGCAGACGCCGGGCGGAUGCAGGAGGAGAGGCGCCCAGACUGAGCAGAAGAGGCAGGAGGAGACUUCCCUGUCGCUGGAGCGUGUUCCCUGCCAGAACUUGUCACUGCACGCCGGGUCCCCGCGAGGCUUCCCCAGACGAUUAUCGCCCGUCACGCCCGACCUUUUUACUCCCUCCUCGGCCCAUAUUCACCAGCUCAUGCGCUCCGUCCGCCCCCCACUCGCUGCCGCCGCCUCUCCCCCCGCUGUCCCCGCUGCGCCGUGAACCCUUUCCCCCUCGUCGCUGCUCGCGAUGAGCUCGAGUGGUCCCCCGACGUAUCCCAAGCCCGUCCUCGUGUCCAGCCAGCGCGCACCGGGCGUCCCGACCCCCCUUCCGGCGCCCGUCCAGUCCCAGCCAAAGACAAUCAGGCUCAGAUGCCAGGCCUCGUCUCGCUGCCCGCGCGCAUCUUUAAUCCGCCGCCGGCGCGAGGACAGGUCCCCACCUUCGGCGUAAUCCCCCGCUUCGAGAUUAGCCUCGACGACAUCCUCGAGCGCAAGCAUCUCCCGCCCCUCGGUCUGAAGGACUUUGAGGAGUGGUUGCUGUUCGUUGAGCAGAGUGCGGAGAAUCUGUAUUUCAUCCUCUGGCUGCGCGAGUAUACUCAGACGUACGGAGAAUGGGUGCGCAAGAGCCGGCUCGCGCGCAUGUCGUCGUACAACGGCACUCCUCGACGCGAGUACCGCACGCCCCAAUCCGCGCUGCCCGCGAAUCCGGAGCUGUCCUACUCCUACUCGCGGGCGAAACGUACCUUCCUCACUCCCAACGGUGAUUACGAAUUGGAUGUCCCCAGUGAUGUCCUGGCACCGUUCCAUACGUCUUCGCCGAUCAGCCUGGCAGGAGCUCCCGAGGACAAGAGUGAGUCUGCACAUGGGGCAUCUUGGAGCCAAAGCCAGUCGACGUGUGUGUGGGGUCUCGAAGGGCACAACGUUCCUCCCCCGGAUCCUGCGGUGUUUAACGAGCUCGCGGAGGUUGUGCGAGAGAUGCUCACAGAAAGCCUGCAACGUUUUGUACUAGCGACGUACAACAACGUAGGAACUCCUCGGGCAGUCUGUGGAAGUGCGGGAGGAAUCGUCAUUGGCAUUGCGGGCAGCGUUCCGCUCAUCGUCAACUUCGCGGUUCGUGGCAACCGCUGGUGGAGGCUAGCUGCUAUUCCUGGUAUGUGGGCGGGCUUGACGAUCUUCAUCUCCGCGAUGUACGGGGUCUGCAUGAUGAUCUACGUUUUCGGUGAUCUUCGACAACUACGAUCAUUCGAGCUUGUUCGUCCUCCCAUCUCCGACCCUCAGCCCCACCCCUCACCCUCCGGCUCGGUUGCGUCGCUCUUCCAACCGCGCGCCGCGCCUGAUACCCCCAUCCCAGUCCAGUUCAAUGUCCCAUUCCGCCGCCCGCGUCGUCAGUUUUCCCUCCCUGAAAUCAGCAACCCUAUUCCCGUUAAGCCAGUCGAACUCGGUGGAAGCAGUACCAUUCAGCGCGAAAAGCCAAAGCUUACGAUUAUCACACCGACGUCAAGGUUUUCCGAGGAUAGCGAUAUUGAUAUUCAACUGCCGCAACGCGUAUUGACACGUCCUGAGCGCGCAUCGCAAGAGUGCGACAUCGAAGUUGCCUCUGUGCAGUACACCGACGAGGACGACGGUGACGACAGCGGGUACGAGGACGAUGACGAACGCAGCCAACGUCACCCGCCUGCGGAUACGCCAUGCAUCGAAAUCUCGGAGGCGUUCUAUGACGAGCAUCCCGCGCCCGAGGGCCCCGCAACUGCGUCGUUCCCCGUUGGCCGGCCGCCGCUCUGGCCCGACUACGACUCCAGUGAAGAGGCGGAAGUGACGACUACGGCUACCUUUAUUCGCCCAUUCUCGUACGACGUCAAAGGCGAAAUUGGCGGUGACGUCGAGGCUGGACGCAGCAUUGCAGCACGACAGCCCGUCGAGGCGUUCGAUUUCGAUGCGCUGCCCCCGAGGCGUCCACGGUUCGCCACUGGACGUUUCCGCGGACAGGCUCGCCGGGAACCCGGGGGCCAGACGGACGAGAAAGCGGCGAAGAGCUCGGGCAAGAUCACCGGGGCGAUCAACUCCCUCGACAAGUGGAUGAGCCUCGGGCCAAAGGGAGUGCUCAGCCGCUGGCAGACACGGUGCAGCCCCGGAAAUGUUGUGCGCGUGCACAUCGAGCGCGAGAUCAACGGCGUGCCCGUGUGCGUCGCGGAGCUCGAGAAGGAGCAGGGGUGGGGAAUCGGCUGGGGAGUCGCAGCGGACCCGUUCGAGAUGUCGCCGACAGGGACUCUCGGCGCGGCCAGCGCAUUCACGUUCCCCAACCUCGUGCCGAGCGCGAGUGUCACUGUCACCUCGCCGACGUCGCCAUCGGUCACGUCCGAGUGCUACGCGGAGAAGGAAGAGGAGAAGGAGGCGGACGUGAAGCUCGGCUGGACGGUGCGCUUCAGGAAGGUGCGCGCGGUGCCUGCGUUUGCGGUGCCCCUGACCCCGGUGCUGAACCCCGUCGUGACGAGGGCGCAGUGGGAAAUCGUGGUGAGGAGCGCGUUGAUUGCAGCUGUGGUGGCGUGUGUCGUCGUGGGCGGGCUGACGGGUGCGCCGGUCCCGCGGUGAUCGCCUCUCGCCCACGCUGUUUCUUGUUCGAGUCGCUGUGCAGACGCUUUCGUUGGCUCUAUCGCGAUACUAUGAAGACUGAGACUGUUUGCCUUGCUCUCUUUGAUCUCGUCGUGUUCUCCCCUCCGCGCGAUCGCUCUCCCUAGUCGCAUGUGGCAACACC